AAAUUGUCAGACCACAGGAGCAGCUUUAUCUUGUUUAUUUUUCUGACCUCGCUUCCAACCCGGCCUUCCAUAGUAAUGAUUCUGUAGGCAUCACCUCCUCUUUCUCUCCCUUUCAAAACCCUUUUCUCAAGGUCUUUAAAACGAAAACCCUCCCUCUCUCUCUCUUUCCCUGCGUAUGUAAAAUUUUGUUUCUCUCAGACGCGGUGCAGAAAGUUUUGUGGUCUCGGAUCCCGAUAUACGGCUUCUCUCUCGAUCUCUCUUACACCAUUAACGAUAAAACUGUCUGCUUCUUGUUCUCUCUCCGAAACACAAACAAUUACUAACACCGCAGAGUAUCUUUCAAACACAAGGGCCUCUAUUGUGGUCCUCGACCCUCGAACACGUACCCCCACCUUUCCUCUAUAUAACCCUCUUCUCUCCCCUUUAAUUGUUUCUAUCAAACAUUUCAAACUUCUUUUGCUCCAUAUUCAUCCAUUAUUAACCCUCCCUUAGUACCUUCGACUAUCAUACACGCACCUCGUUUAGUCUUAUGGAUAUAGACCUCCAAGAAACGAGCCUGGGAAUGAUAGGUGGCGGCGGUGCCGGUGGUAGUAGCGGUGGUUUAAAUGGUGAAGUUGGGGUUUCCGGCGAGCACCAACGCCAACUUAAGGAGGAGAUAGCCACUCACCCACUUUACGAGCAGCUUCUGGCGGCCCAUGUGUCGUGCCUUCGGGUUGCCACGCCAAUUGAUCAGUUGCCGUUGAUCGACGCGCAGCUAGCGCAGUCUCACCAUCUUUUGCGGUCUUAUGCCUCGCAACGAAGCCAUUCCCUCUCUCCCCAUGAGCGUCAAGAGCUCGACAACUUCUUGGCACAAUAUUUGCUAGUUUUGUGCAGCUUCAAAGAACAACUUCAACAACAUGUCCGAGUCCACGCCGUUGAGGCUGUCGUGGCCUGCCGGGAAAUCGAAAAUACCUUACAGGCGCUCACCGGAAUGAACCUGGGUGAAGGUACGGGUGCAACAAUGUCAGAUGAUGAGGAUGAUCUGCAGAUGGAUUUUUCUUUAGAUCAUUCUGGUGGUGAUGGGCAUGACAUGAUGGGAUUUGGUCCACUGCUUCCAACAGAAUCUGAAAGGUCACUGAUGGAGAGAGUUCGGCAGGAAUUGAAGGUUGAACUGAAGCAGGGUUUUAAGUCAAGAAUUGAAGAUGUAAGAGAGGAGAUAUUAAGAAAAAGAAGGGCUGGGAAAUUACCAGGUGACACAACUAGUGUGUUGAAAAACUGGUGGCAGCAACACUCAAAAUGGCCUUACCCAACUGAAGAUGACAAGGCCAAACUUGUAGAGGAGACAGGCUUGCAGCUGAAGCAAAUCAACAACUGGUUCAUCAACCAAAGAAAGCGAAACUGGCACAGCAACUCUCAGUCGGUGACUUCUUUGAAGUCCAAGCGCAAAAGGUAGAGAAAUAUCAUGAUCAUCAAUCUGACGCACUGAUCCAAAUCAGCAAUCAAUCAAUCAAGAAGGACCACCGACCGACCAACUUACUUUAUGUCAAUACAUAGCUGUUUCUUGACUAGGCCUUGGUAAAUAGUCAAGCUGACUGAUGAUCUAUCUGUACGUACGUGGAAUUAAUGGAUGAAGCUGGAAACUUGGGAAGUUAGUUUAAGUACUACUUCAAAACCAGGCACAUGAGAGAAAUGAAUACAAUACAAUAGAUGGUACUCAUGUUUAAAUAGCUUGCUAGCUAAUAUAUCAUGAUCAGGUUGUAACUAAUUCAUGGGUUUUGACAGGGUAAAGAUCCCUUUUGCUUGUA